CUCGUGCAGUUGUACAGUGUGUAAUUAGUCUGUGUGUUUAAUAAUAUGGGUAUGAAGCAUGUACCUAAAUUCUGACGUUUGAAUUUAAAAUAUAGGAAUAAUUAUUUGGAAUUGUCGUACGGAAUACCGAAUAUGGUAUUUGAUUUAAGGUGCUGCGCAUGUUUGAUGUUGCUGACAGAGGAUAGAGUGCCACAGUACUUGCCAUUUUGUCGACUAUUUUUGUGAGCUGCAAACUCUAAAGCGCAACAUGUCCUUCCUCGCUCCCAAACCGAAGCGCUCCAUGUUCCAGUUGGAAGCAUCAGACUUAUUGUGUAAAAAUUCAUGUGGAUUUUACGGCAACCCCGAAUGGCACGGAUUGUGUUCCAAAUGUUUUCGCGAAUAUCAGAAGAAGGCUGAAGCCAGCGCUGCAGCCAAGAAGACACGAACGAAGGAAUCCCUGGAAGAGCAAUCCCAUUCCACUCAUCGUCCGCCUCUGGCCAAACCCGCCAACAAGCAAGUUAUCACCACGUUCGAUAAAUUUGUGAACAAGAAGAAGCAGCAGUCCGAGAGAAAAUCGCACGCGCUGAAAUCUGUCUUUGUCCCUAGUACAUCGGCUGCAAAAGACUUCGAAGCGGCUCGUCCGAAGACGCAGCGCCAGAUUAGUUCGGAUGUCCAUGAAGUGGUGAAGGCUUUCAACGAUUUCCUACAAACACUCCCAAAACCGAUGGCGGCCGAUAUAGCGCGUCGUGUACAAGUCGUAGCGAACAAGGUUCUGGAAUACUCACAAGUGGAUUAUCCCAUUGAAGAGCUUUCAAAAAUUGUCAAUAAUUUCUAUGAAGAAUUCACGGAGCGCUUGAAUCGCCACGAAUUGUAUGCUGAACUCAGCGAGGAAACGAUAAGUAAACUCCUCGACUACUCAGAAAGUUACAUCAUUAUCCGCAGUUACAAACACUUGUUCUGCCCACCGACCACGGAUGACGAGGAAAAGGAUCUCGCGAUGCAGAGUCGUGUCCGGAAGCUCAACUGGGUGACGGCGUCCCGACUUGGCGCGGUGGUGGAUGAGAUGAACUCCGAAGUGGGAGAAGCCAUGGAUUCCGCAAUUGCUGACAUUCUGGAAGUGGACACACGGAAGACAGUGGACGCCAAACUGAAUAGUGUCGUCUCGUGCUGUCGUCACAUCGCAGCGAUGCUGCAGAAAUCUGGCAACGGUCCACCAAGCGCUGACCAGUUCCUUCCGGCUGUAAUCUUCGUUAUUCUGCGAGCCAAACCACCGCGUAUGCAGUCCAAUAUUAAGUUUAUCCUCCGCUUUGCUAAUCCCAACCAUCUGCGAACGGGUGAAGCCGGCUACUUCUUUACUAAUUUAUGCUGCGCUAUGUCUUUCAUUGAAACCAUGGAUGCCAAGUCGUUGGAGAUGAGUGAUGACGAAUUCCAGCAGUACAUGAGCGGAGAUAUGCCGUCAUCGGCAAUGCUGUAUGAGCAUCAGUCGUCUCUUCAUGACGGACUGCGAAAGAUGAACAAGAAUUUACAAAUUCUAAACGAUAUGACUGCAAGACAGACCCGAUUGAUGGAGCGAAUGGAAGCCGAAGAUAGGUCGAUGAAAGAAUUUUGGGCAUCUUGCGAGUCUCGAUUGAAAGAAUGCCAAGAAAAGUUUCCGUUAACGGUUAAGCCCCGAAGGAAUAUUUUUGAUGGAAGUUUGUUAGAUUUACCUGUUGUUAGUACGGAACCUCUGGUUCCACUUCUCAGUAUUGAAUCCAGUACUUCAGAUUUAUCUCUGACAAAUGAACCGGUAGAUUUAAAAAACGAAUAAUGUUUUUCUGGUCAGUUGGAUAAAUGUGAACAUUUUCUACCGUACGAGUAUGAAAGUGUGGAUUCUCCCGUGAUGGUUUUCGUCUUUCCGGUUGGUUGGUUUAGUACUUACUCGUAGCGAUUUUAGAUGGUUAUUUCGUUAUUUCGAAAGCAAAUUGCUUAUCAGAAAACAUCCA